AUGGCGGAACAACAGACGGAAAAGAAAUCCCGCUUCAAGCGUCAAAAGACCAACGACGAUCGCGCAAAUCCAUACCUGGCGCACAUGCACAACGACGACGAUACCAACGGCGUCGGCCUGGACGAUGCCGCGACAAAUGGCAACGGAGCCGAUCGCUCUUCCAGCUCAUUGACUUCGUUCAAACGCCACAAGACCACCGACAAGCAAGCCAAACUUGCCGAAGAUGGUCCUAGCAACCCCUUCAACCAGAAGCCUCUGUCACAACGCUACUUCAGCAUCUUGAAAACUCGUCGCGGCCUGCCUGUCCAUGCGCAACGGCAGGAAUUCCUGGACCUCUACCAGAAAUCGCAAAUCUUGGUCUUCGUCGGCGAGACCGGUUCAGGAAAGACUACACAGAUCCCGCAGUUCGUCCUCUACGAUGAUCUCCCGCAUCUCCACGGCAAGAUGGUCGCAUGUACGCAGCCGCGUCGUGUGGCCGCCAUGUCCGUGGCGGAACGUGUCGCAAAUGAGAUGGAUGUGAAGUUGGGCGAAGAGGUCGGAUACAGCAUCCGUUUUGAGGACAUGACGAGUCAGAACACCAUCUUGAAGUACAUGACGGACGGUAUGCUGCUCCGGGAGGCCAUGAACGAUCAUGAUCUGAAGAGGUAUAGCACCAUCAUCCUCGACGAGGCGCACGAGAGAACUCUCGCUACGGACAUCUUGAUGGGUCUUCUCAAGGAAGUCGUGAAGCGGAGGUCGGAUCUCAAGAUCGUCAUCAUGUCCGCCACUUUGGAUGCGCAGAAGUUUCAGAAGUACUUCAUGAACGCGCCGUUGCUGGCUGUGCCGGGACGCACACAUCCCGUCGAGGUCUUCUACACGCCCGAGCCAGAGCGAGACUACGUCGAGGCCGCGUUGAGAACUGUUCUUCAAAUCCAUGCGACCGAACCGGAAGGCGACAUCCUCUUGUUCUUGACCGGAGAAGAAGAAAUCGAAGAGACGAUCCGAAAGAUCAACCUCGAGGCGGACCAAAUGAUAUCGGAAAUGGACACGGGACCACUCAAGACCUAUCCGUUAUACGGUACAUUACCUCCGCAGCAACAGCAGAAGGUUUUCGAACCUGCGCCACCACCGUACAAACCUGGUGGGAAGCCGGGUCGUAAAGUCAUCGUAUCGACCAACAUCGCCGAAACGUCCCUCACGAUCGAUGGUAUCGUCUACGUGGUGGACCCCGGCUUCAGCAAGCAAAAGGUCUACAACCCGCGCGCCCGUCUCGAAUCGCUUCUCGUCUCGCCCAUCAGCAAGGCCUCCGCACAACAGCGGGCCGGUCGUGCAGGACGUACGCGCCCCGGGAAAUGCUUCCGCCUGUACACCGAAAAGGCCUUCAAGACCGACCUCAACGAGCAGUCGUACCCCGAGAUCCUCCGUUCCAACCUCGCCAGCACCGUGCUCGAGCUCAAGAAGCUCGGGAUCGACGACCUCGUCCACUUCGACCUGAUGGACCCCCCCGCGCCCGAGACGCUGAUGCGAGCCCUCGAGGAACUCAACUACCUCGCCUGCCUCGACGACGAAGGCGACCUCACCGCGCUCGGCCGCCUCGCCUCCGACUUCCCGCUGGACCCGGCCCUCGCCGUCAUGCUCAUCUCCUCCCCGGAGUUCUACUGCUCCAACGAGAUCCUCUCCCUGACAUCCCUCCUCUCCGUCCCGCAGAUCUUCUCGCGGCCCGCCUCGGCGCGCAAACGCGCCGACGAGAUGAAACAGCUCUUCGCCCACGAGGACGGCGACCACCUCACGAUGCUGAACGUCUACCACGCCUUCAAGGGCCCCGCCGCGCAGGAGAACCCCAAGCAGUGGUGCUACGACCACUUCCUGUCCCACCGGGCGCUGACCCAGGCCGACAACGUGCGCACCCAGCUCAAGCGGAUCAUGGAGCGCGAGGAGAUCGAGCUGGUCAGCACGCCGUUCGCGGACAAGGACUACUACACCAACAUCCGCCGCGCCCUGGUCGCGGGCUUCUUCAUGCAGGUCGCCUGCAAGGACAACAAGACCUACAAGCUCGUCAAGGACAAGCAGGACGUCCUCCUGCACCCCUCGACCGUCCUCGGCCAGGACAGCGAGUGGUUGGUGUACAACGAGUUCGUCCUCACCAGCAAGAACUACAUCCGCACCGUCACCGCCGUCAAACCCGAGUGGCUGCUGGACAUCGCGCCGAGGUAUUACGACGUGGAGAAUUUCCCCAAGGGGGAGGUCAAGACGGCGCUGUUGAGGGUGCAGCAGAGGUUGAGCCGGAAGGCGGCGGGGAGGAAGUAG